AUGACUCCGCCCCACCACAUCACUUUCCCCGUCCAAGAUGAUGAGCAUGCUCGAUGCGCGUGCUGCCUGAUAGACUUCAUUGCGGCCGACCGAAGCUUGAUCCUGACUACCUGCGGGCUCAAGUAUCACACAGUCUGCUUCCAGCGCCUAUCCGAAACCGAAGAGAAAUGUGAAAAGUGCGGCGAGCCACUGUCAAAGAAAAACAAGUUGCAGAUUGCCGGACUCGCCGCCGCAGGCGUGGUAGGAGGCGUCCUCCUGGCGCCAAUCGUUGCUCCGGCUGCGCUCGGUCUGGUCGGCUUCGGCGCAGCUGGUCCGGUAGCUGGGGGCAUCGCCGCAGGUAUUCAAGCAGGUAUCGGCAACGUCGCCGCUGGCUCGCUCUUCGCAGCUUGCCAAAGCGUUGCGAUGGGGGGAGCCUUACCGGCUACAUGGGCAGCAAUAGGUGGUCUCAUCGGCGGAGGUGCCGCCGCUGGAGCUGCCGCUGCCAAUCGCAGAUAA